GAACUGCCUGUAUGGAAAGUGCGCUCCGGGCAGGCUGACCCGCGGCGCGCCUGCGGCUGAGAGGAGAAUGUGGAAACUCCGGGGAAGGCCUUUUGCUAGACACUGGGUGCUAGGCCCGACGGAAGAAUGAGUCUCGUGUAGGUGACUGAGAUGCUGAGAAGACCAGCGUGGCGGCUGAGGAAGACCCCGCCAGGUGGGCGGCGCGCGGCCUCUUCCGGUUUCUGAGGCGUUCGGGCCUCUUGGCUCCGGCCGGUGCGCGCGCUGCCGCGGCUCCCGGACCCGGAAGGGGCGGCGGCGGCGGCGGCGGCGGCGGCGGUGGCCCAGCAAUAGCUGCAAAGUACUUCACCGUCCACGUGCUGCUCGGGCUUCUGGCUUGGUCCGCAGCUCCGCGCCCGGGCUAUGGCUACCGCCUGCAGCUCGCUCCCGGACCGGCCUCCCAGGACGUACUUCGGACGCCGCCAGGCUCAGAUGAGGCGGCAAACAGAGGCUACCAAGAGAAAGCACCAAGUGUCCAGUGAUGCUCCACCAACAAAACGGAGGAAUGAAGCAUCCUCUCUUUCAGCCAAGAAAGCCAGUGAUAAAGAAACUCCAAGAACAUUUAAGGGAGGUGCACACAGAACGUUUCCUCCAAAGAAGUACUUGGACAGUAUAGGCAAUGGAAGGCAGGAGAGGCCCUGCAUCAAGACUUCGUCUCUGUUUAAAAACAAUCCUGAGAUCCCAGAACUCCGCAGAGCUGUAGUAAAGCAGGCUCGAGAGCAAGUGUUCUCUCCAGAAGCUUUCCAGGAGCUGGACCUCCACCCACACCUCAUAUCCACAAUAAAUACAGUCUUAAAAAUGUCAACUAUGACCAGUGUUCAGAAGCAGAGUAUCCCAGUGCUGCUGGAAGGCAGAGAUGCCCUUGUGCGGUCCCAGACGGGUUCAGGUAAAACUCUUGCCUAUUGCAUCCCUGUGGUCCAGUCCCUUCAAGCACUGACAUCAAAAAUACAGCGCAGUGACGGCCCCUAUGCUUUGGUCCUAGUGCCCACCAGAGAGCUGGCUCUGCAAAGCUUUGACACCAUCCAGAAGCUGCUCAAGCCAUUCACCUGGAUUGUUCCUGGAGUGUUGAUGGGCGGAGAGAAGAGGAAAUCAGAAAAGGCUAGACUCCGCAAAGGCAUAAAUAUCCUUAUCUCAACUCCUGGGCGCCUGGUGGAUCAUAUAAAAUCCACGAAGAACAUUCACUUUAGUCGAAUACGGUGGCUGGUUAUGGAUGAAGCAGACAGGAUAUUGGAUUUGGGUUUUGAGAAGGACAUCACAGUGAUUCUGAAUGCUGUAAAUGCUGAGUGUCAGAAACGGCAGAAUGUCUUGCUGUCAGCGACACUCACAGAAGGUGUAACACGGCUAGCUGAUAUCAGUUUGCACAAUCCAGUCAGUAUCUCUGUCCUGGACAAAAUCUGGGACCAGCCCAACCCUAAGGAAGUUGCUAAUACCCAGCUGGACAGCUUUGCCAUACCAGAGAGUCUUGACCAGCAUGUGGUGCUGGUUCCCAGCAAGCUGCGCCUUGUCUUCCUUGCAGCCUUCAUCCUGCAGAAGUGCAAGUUUGAGAAGGACCAGAAGAUGAUUGUCUUUUUCUCAAGUUGUGAGCUGGUGGAGUUCCACUACAGCCUCUUCCUUCACACCCUGUCUUGCCGCUCAGGGGCCCCCACUUCAGAGCAGCUACCAUCUGCUUCCUGGCCACUGAAAUUCCUUCGGCUGCACGGCAACAUGGAACAGGAGGAAAGAACCUCCGUGUUUCACGAGUUCUCACAUUCCGGAACAGGAGUCCUGCUCUGCACGGAUGUUGCAGCUCGAGGCUUAGAUCUCCCACAAGUCACCUGGAUUGUUCAGUACAGUGCUCCGUCUUCACCUGCAGAAUACAUUCACCGGAUUGGAAGAACUGCCCGGAUUGGCUGUCAUGGGAGCAGCUUGCUCAUUUUGGCUCCUUCAGAGGCAGAAUAUGUCAACUCGUUGGCUUCUCACAAAAUCAAUGUUUCUGAGAUUAAGAUGGAAGAUAUUUUGGCUGUACUGACAAAGGAUGCUUGUUUUAAAAGGAGACAGAGGGGAGCCCAGAAAUCCCAUGCCAGUGGCCCCCAGGAAAUCCGAGAACGAGCCACUGUAUUGCAGACAGUAUUUGAAGAUUAUGUGCACUCCAGUGAGAGGAUGGUCUCCUGGGCAAAGAAAGGCCUGACCCUUGGAGGAAGAUCCGGAAUAAGCACCACCUUGUGCUCGCUGAAGUCCUGCACUCAGAAUACUCAAGUGGGCUGGAGGCUGGCGGCUCGAAGGGUGGCAAGCAAGGCAAACAGCGGGGCUUUCGGGUGGUACCCAGCAAGGCCAGGCCGCAGAGAGAAUGAAGCUGCUCCUACAUCCAGGAGCUCACCACCAACCAGCAAGCUUCUUUUGGUUUUUAAUCUCUCUGCAGGACCAGGUCAGGGUAGAUCGACAGACCCUGUGGCUUUAGAUUGAUGUCCUGUUCUUAUCAGGGAAGCUUCCUGAACACAGACCUGUUGGAGGAGGAGCCCUGAUGGAAACCAGCAGGCAGGGGCCAGUGCUAGACAGUCACCUGCCUUUGCCCAAGCCUCUUGUGAGAUUGUGCACAGGGACAGCAAAACAUCCUGUGUGUCAGCCUGGAAGAGUGUGGCUCCUGGCGAGCUUGCCAGAUGAAGCUGUCACACAUGUAUUGCAUGAGUGUUGUAAGAUGGAAUGUUAAAAACUGGAACUGAGCUUGUGCAAAAGGAUAAAGUAUUUAUUGAAUAGCUAUUGUCUUAGUGUCUGCAUGUUCUGUGAGGAAGGACCGAGAGAGCUUUCACUUUGGGUCAGAAACACUGCUUUCUUCCAUAAGCCCAGCAUAGCGCCAUGUGCGUUGCCUCCCCUUUCAUGUCCACAGAAGACUAGCUCGCUCUGGGCUAAUUGACUUACUGUUGCCUUUUUAUUAGCUGCCUUUGAAGUCAGAAGGCACCAGCACCCGAGCUCGCCUUUUCCCAUCGGAGCCUGUCUUCUCUUGGAGGUCUGAGGUCUUUGUGUUGUGACCUAGACCCAGAACCCCCACACACCAUUGUGUUUCUGGGAGGUUUGAAAGAGGACCCCUGGAGCGUAUUGAUUUCCCAAUAAAUGUAAGAUUUGGACAUUACAGAGGACUCAUGAGAGAAAGGGUUAAAAAGCUCAGUGUGCUCUGUUUGGGGUCCUGUGUGCCCAGCCCACCCUGGCCCUCUGAAGCCCUAGGGCAAGUACUAUAGGCCAUUUUGCUCCUCUCCCGAGAGCAGGCAGGGUGGAGGAUCAGUUAACACCAACACUAGGGGAAGAAAAAACCCUGUGCAGGGGGAGCAUGGCCUUGCCAGGACUGGCAGUCACAGACUCAGAGCCUGCUGGUGAUGUUUGUGAGGAUGCUCUGCAGCUGCAGCAGCUGUGGAACUGACUGGACAAAUCAGCCGCCUUUCUUUGGAUUUGUAAUGACUCCCAUGCUUUUGAUGGGAAAUGAGGACUCAGACCAUGAGGAGUCACCCAGCUGUGUGAAAACAGGAUUAGUGCCUGUAAUCGGGGAUGGCCACAUAAAAACCUGUGUCUGCCUCUCAGCAACGGGCCCUAACAGCUCAGCUGCAGGGCCGUGAGGUGAGGCGUGCUGAGACCUUCGCAGUGACUAACCCUGAAGUUGAAAUGUACACAUGUAGUUUUCUGACUAGCAAGGGUGUCUUGUUAAAGAUGCUGGUGGACUUGGUGCUUAGGUAACAUAGUACCCAGUCAUCAGGAGACAGACUUGGCAGCUUCAGGGUUAAUGUUCUCUCAGUUUAAACAACCUUCAAAUGAAUCUCUUACGGAUCUUGAUAGGAUGUACAUCCCAGGUAUCAGUUGGACACAAUGUUAGCCUAAUUCCAGUGUACAUAGUCUGAUUUUGUGUGUAUUUUUAAUCAUACCUUUUUUGUAGGGUCCCAGACUUGGCAUUCUCUCAAAUCAGCCUGGUUACCAUAUUAAAGUCUCAGGAGAUUCAGACAGCAAA